UUUAGAUUUUCUGUAUACAAAAUAUACUUUCUCGAAAAUUGAGUAAAAAAAAAUAUAAAUAUGAAAAUUAAGAAUAUGAAAUGUUAAGAAUAAGGUCGUUGAGAAUACAGGGACAUUUAUUACAAAGUUGCAUAAUAUAUAUGCCAAGCAAACAGUACAAGUCAGCAUAUAUUGAGAUAUCACACAAGUGGUAUCUCACACGAUUUUCCGACGUCGAAAUUGAGUAAAGUGUGCCAACGAAAUGGAUUAUCCUCUAAUAAUUACGAUUUCUGUCGGUUGCUGUUCAGUUGUUUAUGCUUUAAUAAAAUACUAUUCAUCUAAAAGGAGCAAAUUGAUAGAGUUAUCGGAGACUUGGUGGACACCCGGUACCGAAAAUUCUGUCAGCAACGAUAUCAGACCAUACAAAAUCAUUUUCUCUGAAGAGCUAGUGAAAGAUUUGAAGAAUCGAUUAAAGAACACUAGACCUUUGACACUGCCAUUGAAGGACGUUGCCUGGAAUUAUGGCACUAACACGAUUGCUUUAAACAAACUUUUAAAUUACUGGGCUGAUAAUUAUAAUUUCCAGGAACGUGAGAAAUUUGUAAACCAGUAUCCACAUUUUAAAACUAAUAUCCAAGGAUUAGACAUACACUUUAUUCGCGUAAAACCGACUAAUGUGGGGGAAAAACGAGUCUUGCCGCUUUUAAUCUUACACGGAUGGCCCGGAUCUAUAAUGGAAUUUUAUAAAAUCAUACCUUUGUUGACGACACCGAAAGCGGAGUAUGAUUUUGUAUUUGAAGUGAUAGCACCUUCCUUGCCUGGAUUCGGCUUCUCCAGCCCAGCUACGAUACCUGGCCUCUCCUACAUACAAAUGAGCAUGGUUUUAAAAAAUCUCAUGUUAAGGCUCGGGUACGAUAAGUUUUACAUACAGGGCGGCGAUUGGGGAGCGAUUAUUGUCAACGCUAUGUCGACCCUGUUUCCCCAAAAUGUACUGGGUAUGCAUUCCAACAUGUGCUCAGUAAUGAGAAAUGAAGUUAUAGUCAAACAAGCGAUAUGUCAAUAUCUUUUUUCCUUCUUACCUUGGACAAAAAAACCACGACAAACUGAGAAAACCUCCAGGAAGAAAUUUUCACUCAAAAGGUACCUAUCAGAAACUGGAUACUUCCAUAUCCAAGCUACAAAGCCGGACACGGUUGGGGUAGGUCUAACCGAUUCACCUGCUGGUUUGGCAGCAUAUAUUAUCGAGAAAUUUUCGACCGGCACGAACUAUUCUUAUAAAUUCAGAGACGACGGUGGAUUUCUGGAUAAAUUUACGUAUGAUGAAUUGAUUGAUAAUUUAAUGAUUUACUGGGCAUCCAACAGCAUUACUACAGCGAUGAGAAUAUACGCCGAAAUGUUUACUGAGUCGAACAUACCGUUGGGAAAACUCAUAAAUUCAAAUGUGGUAGAAGUUCCCACUGCUUGUUCGCAAUUUCCUAAUGAGAUCACAGAGCAACCUAUAAGUUUACUCAGAACGCGAUUCGUGAAUCUCUUACGUGUUACUAAAAUGCCUCAAGGUGGUCAUUUUGCAGCAUUAGAGGAGCCUGAAUUACUUGCAAAUGAUAUAUGGGCUUCUGUUAAUGAGAUGGAAGUGUGGCAUAAAAAUCAUAAUAAAUAAGACUUGUAAUUAUUCAAUUUAUCAUGUUUGUACUCAUAUGUAAGAAUAAGAUAAGUUUAAACAUGUA